UGCUUGCGCAAGCGCACAACCGCACGGCCGCGUAGCUCCGAUCUUGCCGAAAACGCCUUGCGGGGAGGUUGAGCCGCUUGCACAAUGUCUGAAAUGAACGAGCUGUCCGAGCUCUAUGAGGAAAGCAAUGACCUGCAGAUGGAUGUGAUGCCUGGCGAGAGUGACCUUCCGCAGAUGGAGGUAGGCGGCGGGAGCCGGGAGCCAUCCCUGAACCCCUCCCGCGCCGGGGCCCAGCCACAGCUGGAGGAGGAAGGCCCGAUGGAGGAGGAGGCCGCCCAGCCAAUGGCGGAGCCGCUGGGGCAGCGAGGCCUCGCUAGCCGGCCCGGCCCUGGGGAGCAGCCAGGCCAGAUCGCGGGCCCUGAUUUCGAGAGCGAGGACGAGGGCGAGGAAUUCGAUGACUGGGAGGACGACUACGACUAUCCGGAAGAGGAGCAGCUGAGUGGUGCAGGCUACAGAGUAUCAGCGGCCCUUGAAGAAGCCAACAAGAUGUUUCUGAGAACCUCCAGAGCAAGAGAAGCAGCUCUGGAUGGCGGGUUUCAGAUGCAUUACGAGAAGACCCCGUUUGAUCAGUUGGCUUUUAUCGAAGAGCUUUUUUCACUCAUGGUUGUCAAUCGUCUGACCGAAGAGCUCGGCUGUGAUGAGAUUAUUGAUAGAGAGUAGUUAAACGCUGGGAAGAGAGGAGGAAGCUACUUGAGGAGAGAACUGGCAUUCCACUGUCUCUUGGGUUCAUUCCAAAUAGUUCCGUGCCAAUGAAAAACUUGGUCUUCAAAAAAGAAAAAUUUUUUUUUUUGUAGAAUAAAGUAGUGACUGCACAGUUAUGAAAAA